AUGACCUUAAAUCUUUGUGUAUUGACCCCGAAUAGAAUGGUUUGGGAUUCAGAAGUGAAAGAAAUCAUUUUCUCUACUAAUGGUGGUCAAAUUGGCGUAUUACCCAAUCAUGCACCUAUUACCACAGCCGUUGAUAUCGGUAUUUUGAGAAUACGCCUUAAUGACCAAUGGUUAACGAUGCCUCUAAUGGGUGGUUUUGCUAGAAUAGGCAAUAAUGAGAUUACUGUGUUAGUAAAUGAUGUAGAGAAGGGUAGUGACAUUGAUCCACACGAAGCUCAGCAAACUUUUGAAAUAGCAUAA